AUGGCUCUCAAUUGGGACGCAUUCCUCAAUACUGAGGGUUUCAACCUACCGAACGACCAAUGGUCCGAUCUUUUACCACCAACGUCUGCCCCUCCCACUUCCCAGAUGCCCAAGUCGACCACCACCGACACGUCAGGCUCUUCACCUGAAGACGUCACCAAUUUCGAUUCCCUUCUCGGAGGAACAUCAGGCGAUCCUUACUUUGACGACUCGCUAUUCCUGCCUAACGACUACUUCCUGGGCGAUCUCGACGUCCUCAAGCCCUUUGGCAACAACAUCGGUGGAGGGAGAUCAACCAAUGAGUCGUCACCCGAGCCUGUACUUGGGGCUGGCAACAACUCUACAUCUCAGACACCAUCAGACGUAAACGGCUUAGACCAGUCAGCCAACAUGCCGCCAGCUCAGAGGCAAGCGUUCCAACGUGCCAACACCUUUCCCAACCCUGCCUAUGAAUCUUUGUUUCCCAACAACCUAGAUUCCGGUUUCGUCGAAGACCUCACCUUCCCCGACGGCCCGAAAGGAUCAUCUACCACUACCAAGCCAGGGCUUGAGAGAACUCAAACAUCAACAACAGCGAACACUACGUCGAAACGUACGAAGAACAAGCCAGACAUACUCUCUGCCUGCUGGACAUCCCCACUUUGCCCCAAUCACGAUGUAAAUGGUUCACCGCCUAAUCCAUCGACGUGCGGCGGAGGAUGUGCUCCCUUCUUGUUCGCAGACCAGGACGCUCUCCCAAGUAUCAGCAACCUACUUAAUGACCCACAAGAAGUCACUGCCGAAGACGGUAUAGUGGAGAUCCAACCACGCCCCAAGAAGCGAUCCGAAAGCGACGCAUCAGCAAACGGCUUCUCAACCCAACAGAGAGAAAGCAAAGACACAACCACAUCCCCAUCAGACGACCGGCAACGAAUGAAGAGCGAGACGACAGAAGACGCCUCCGCCAAAGAAUCACCCCAAGCCAACGAUGAUGAUAAGACAAAGCCACGCCGACGACUACCGCACAACCAAGUCGAACGAAAGUACCGAGAAUCGCUCAACACACAACUAGAUUCCCUAAAGCGUGUCGUGCCCUCCCUCCAAAGCCAACGAGCAUGCGACGGCGCUGAUAUCGAGGACCUACCUACACCCUCGAAGCCUAGCAAAGCAGUCAUCCUAGCUUCGGCGACUGCCUACAUCAAGCAAAUGGAGAAGGACAAGAAGAGCCUGGCAGAUGAGAACCAACUACUCCGGACGAGGGUCAAGGCUCUCCAGUCGCUUGUCAAGUGUGACGACUGCAGCUUGAUGCAGUAUGUCAUGGAUCUCAAGAUCAAGCAGGCUAGCUGA